AUGGAACAGUGCUCGGAGAAUCCACAUGAUGAUUAUCGAUUGUUCAUUAGUGCGGAACCCAGUCCUGAUCCUCAUGAAUCGAUAAUACCUCAGGUAAUAAACAAUUGUUCGUUAAAUUGUACACAGGGUAUACUAGAAUCAGCCAUAAAGAUCACGAACGAACCACCAUCUGGAAUUCAAGCGAACAUCCACAAAGCGUUGGAUAACUUUACCCAGGAAACUUUGGAGUCCUGCAGCAAGGAAACCGAAUUCAAAGCAAUAUUAUUUGCACUUUGUUAUUAUCACGCUGUACUUGCAGAACGUAGAAAAUUUGGGGCGCAAGGAUGGAAUAGGUCCUACCCAUUCAACUUCGGUGAUCUAACAAUCAGCGUAUCUGUAUUAUUUAAUUACCUGGAAAAUAGUAUCAAAGUACCUUGGGAGGAUCUUCGUUACUUAUUUGGAGAAAUAAUGUAUGGAGGACACAUAACCGAUGAUUGGGAUAGAAGACUAUGCAAGACAUAUUUAGUAGAAUAUUUGAAAACGGAAUUAGUUGAAGGUGAACUAUACCUUGCACCAGAUUUUUUGGUACCACCAAAUAGUGAUUACGAUGCAUAUCAUCAGUACGUCGAUAACUACCUACCUGCUGAAAGUCCUGUUCUGUAUGGACUUCAUCCCAAUGCAGAAAUUGGGUUUUUAACACAAACUGUGGAAAAUUUGUUUAAAACGUUAUUGGGUAUACUAACAAGAACUGCCAGCGAUACAACAAGCGGAGAUAUUUCAAAAGAAGACAAAAUAAAAGGACAAAUAGAAGACUUAUUGGACAAACUACCAGAAGAAUUUAAUAUGUUAGAACUUUACAGCAAGGUGGAAGAUCGUACACCAUUUGUCACAGUUGCUUUACAAGAGUGCGAACGAAUGAAUCUACUGUGUGAAGAACUUAGAAGAUCCCUGCAAGAAUUAGAGUUAGGCUUAAAAGGAGAAUUAACUAUUAAUGCUGAGAUGGAAGAUCUACAAAAUUAUAUAAUGAUGGAUGCUGUUCCGCCGUCUUGGACAAAAAGAGCUUACCCUUCAGAAUUAGGAUUAAACAGUUGGUUCACGGAUAUGUUGUAUCGAAUAAAUGAAUUAUCUAAUUGGACUGCUGAUUUUAACGUAAACAUUUACUUAUUUCUUACUAUUAUUGUAACUUUUUUUAUUGUAUAAAACAAUGCCCUAUUAAUAUCGAAACGUUUCACUUUGCGAAACUGAUAAUUGAAUCCGUGGCAAAUUUUGAUGCCUGGAAUUCAACUGAAACUGGUAAAAUAAACAUAGGAAAAUUGAAUGAGCGACGGAAUGAAGAUUCGUUCAACGCACACGAUUGUUGCUACCCAUAAAAAGUGAAAUUUUAAUAACUUUCCGGUAGGAAAAAGCUGUAAAAGAGUGCUUAAAUCUAUUCAACUAAAAUAAGUUUAGGUGCGAACUGAUAUGAAUCAAAGUGUUUUCAUCUUCAGAUUAUUAAUCUGCAGAUAAUUCGUAGUAAAUAGAAUAUGAAUCUGCCUGAACUGAAUCCAGAAUAGCUGGAUUGAGUUUGUGUAAAUUCAUAUUAAUUGAGAACAUCGCUCCAAUCUAUUACAAUAACUUUCUUUAAGAAAAAAUGGAAAGUAUAAAAUUUGACAUUUUCAAGCAGCUUUAUUUCUUCGCAUACUCGCCUUUAAUAUCCUGUACUUUGUGCCCUUUAGCUGAACUUGGGAAACAAUCUUUUGCUUGAACUAUUAUAUAUUCGAGAAGAUGACAAACCAGAUAUUAACGAAUCUUCUUUCAGACGAUAUUAACGGGUCAUUCAUAUUGUUUACGUGUACCAAAUGCAGAAUUUUCCUUUUUUGCCAAUUAACAUUAAAAUCUAAAAACUCUUACAACAUUAUUAUUCAACUUUAUUGCAAUCUUAUUCUACUCAGCAAUUAAUCUAUUCUAAUGACAUAACGAAUCAUUAUGUAGUUACCAUCGUCGGUAUGGCUAGGUGGUUUUUUCAAUCCUCAAUCAUUCCUAACUGCAAUUAUGCAACAAACCGCACGCAAAAAUGAAUGGCCAUUGGACAAAAUGUGUUUAUAUUGCGAAGUACUGCGAAAAACCAAAGAAGAAAUCACAUCAGCACCAAGAGAAGGCGCUUAUAUAAACGGAUUGUACAUGGAAGGUGCACGAUGGGACGUUCAAACAGGAUGUAUCAUGGACUCUCGAUUUAAAGAAUUGUUUCCAUUAUUGCCAAUAAUGUAUAUUAGGGCGAUUACACAGGACAAACAAGAUUUAAAGAAUAUGUAUGAAUGUCCUGUGUAUAAAACACGAUCGCGAGGUCCUACUUAUGUGUGGACGUUCAAUUUAAGAACUAAGGAGAGAGCUAGUAAGUGGAUUCUUGGUGGAGUGGCAAUUCUAUUACAAAUCUAAUUUUAUAAAUUAAAUUAUGGACUAAAUAUGCAAUUAAAAUAAAGAUUUUCGAAAUUGACAGAGUGUUGGUAUUCAUUUUUCACACACUGUAUACUUUAUGUAAGAUAAUAUUCAUAUGAAAGAAGAAGUACAACGCUUCUCUACGCACGAUUACAGUUUAUUUCUCCAUUUUAAAUUUCUUUACAACUUACGAGUUUUGGUGGGGCUGUGAGAUUUUUGGGAGGGGUGGGAGAGGGCGGGCGGAGAGGGAAAGGGAUGGGUGUCCUGUAGAAUUAUUUACAAUAUAUACAAUGUUUACAAUAUUUACACUAUUUUACACAGAGGGAGAUUAGAGCGUUGCCGUUUUGUGGUUCUUUCUCUUGUUAUUUUUUAUUAUGGUUUCGGUCUAAACCAAUAUUUUUUUAUGUUUUUUCUGUGAUUGCCUUCUGUGUCUUUUUGGGGAAGGGCCAUGUUGUAUUUCCACAUAGUGUUUAUAGUCUGUCCAUUUAAGUUUUCCUCGUAGAGUAUUGUUUUAAUUCCUAUUUUUCUUUUUAUAUGGUAGAUUAUUGAGAUACUAUUUUGGUCUUGGAGGUAGUUUCUUUCGUCUAGGUAUAAAAACGCUUCGGGGGGAUGUAACCUGUUGUCAGUGCAUAUUUGUAAUAUGAAUCGUUUAGAAAUAAGCAACCGAAGAUUAAACUAUUUUCUUUUAUCUUUGCAGCUUGCGCGAAGUGGUGUGUUGUUAGCUUUAAGAUGUGCCUAUUUUAAUUAAGUUUUGUCGAAUGCUGCUUCCGAAAACCGAAUUGAAGAUCUGGCAGUGUUUUCAAAUCCUCUAGGAGUGGAAGGAGUCGAUUCGUUACCACCUUCUCGAAUAGUUUUGACAAAGUAGGUAGAAGACUAAUUGGGCGAUAGGAGCUAGUUUCGAGUAUUGGUUUACCGAGCUUAGGGAUGAGAGUAAUCGGUGAGAUUUUCCAGGACUUAGGAUAGUGUUCGAGGCGAAGAAUUGCGUUAAAAAUUGAUAUGAUGAGUGCAAUCCCUUUUGUGGGAAGUUCCUUGAUUGCUUUAUUACAUAUUUGGUCAUGCCCCGCUGCUUUCUUGGGAUUCAGGCGACUGAUUGAUUCUAUAAUCUCUGCAGAAGUGAAGGGGUUCAAUAGGAGGGGACAUUUGUUAUUUUCGCGGCAGUUUUGGUGGAGCGAGGUUUAAAUACGUUAGAUAGGUGAUUAGCAAGCAGGUUGGCUGUUGACAGUUGUUGGUAUGUCUGCCGUAUAUAGUGUGUUAGUAUUGGUCCUAGGACGCUUCCUUGUGGUACUCCUGCCUUGAUAUCCUUAAUUUCAGAAUAUGCAUCAUUUAUUUUUACUACAAAGGUUCUAUUGUUUGAGUAAGAUUUGAGUAGUAUGUAGAUUUGUUCUGGAAAUUGUUUGUUGAAUGUUUGAAGAAGUUUUUCAUGGUUAACUUUGUCAAAUGCUUUUUCGAUGUCCAUAAAGAGUGCCGUGCAAUAUUGUUUUGUUCCCAGCGCCUGUAAGAUUUCAUUGACGAGUCUGUGCAUUUGUUCUAUUGUGGAGUGUUUAUUCCUGAAUCCAGAUUGAUGGACCGGUAUUAAUUUUUCUCUUUCUAUUGUUGGUUUUAGGCGGUUAUAUAUUAUUUUUUCUAGUAAUUUGGAAAACGCAGGUAGUAAUGAUAUUGGCCUGUAGGAUGCAGUUAGAUGUGGGUUUUUGUUUGGUUUGGGUAACAUUACGAUCUGUCCUAUUAUAUUUUUCAUAGUGCAGGAAAGUACUGUAUUCUUAGAAUUGCGUGGAAUAUUAUCGUUGUUAGUCUUAUUGCCUUUGGGGGAAGGUUUUUUAAGAUUUUUCCAUUGAUCAAGUCAAAUCCUGGGGCUUUACUUAUCUUUGUUGCCUUAAUUAAGUUUGUAACUUCUUGCGCUGUAGUGCUGAGUAUGGUGCAGCGUUUAUCAGUUGUGUUGCUGGCAUUUUCCACUUCUUCAUUUGUUUGCCAUCUUUUUUUUUUUGUACGUGGAGAAAUCCUCAUGGACACUCCGCUGUUGCAAUAAUCGCAUGACAGCAGAGUAGUGUCGGACUCCUACCAACUAAAACUCCUAAAAAUCCUACGCGUAUGACAGGAGUGCUCUAGAAACCUUUUAUGAAUUAACAUCUGUUGCACCCCCUUCCCGCGUCCUCUUGUUCGAGCCAGUCCUAAUACUUACUGACUAUUGAAUUGGCGUUAGGGGGGCCAUUACCCCUAGCGCUAUCGCUCCUUCUAGUCGUGGUCCGUUGGAACGUCGAUGGAGCGGCUCUAGGUCGCUUGACUGCCAUCCUUCUCCAUCGUCUUAUCUUACAAGGGUGAGAGUUUUUCUUUCUCUCCCUUUCUGCUCCUUCGCGGACAUAACUCUGAUAUCUGGAAGCAAUUGUGAUUGGUUUGUAUUGUGAUAGUGGUUGCUUGUAAGUGUUCUUGAUUUGUUUGACUAUGUAGGUGAUGCUUGAUAUCAUUUUUUAUUAUUACUGCAGUUCCUCCGUGUUCUUUACCUGAGGGGUGUUUGGUGUCCUAUAUGGUGUAGUAUGGUAUUUUCAUGAAACUUUUUAGAGUGAAAUGUGUUUCUGAGACAAGUAGUAUAUCAAUAUUAUUUUUAUACAAAAAUGUUUUAAUUUCUUGCGCUGGCAGUUGCAAGCCAUUGGAGUUCCAGGUUGCUAUUUUCAACAUGUCCAUCUCUAUUUUUUACUUACCAACUUUGCGAGUAGUUGUAACAUGACUGUUGUCUGUUGUACUUGUUGCCUUAGUAUUGUGUUUAGCUCACGUACCAUUUUUCCUAAUAUCUCCGUACUUUUAAUGGAUUGUUUGAGCAUUUCUUUGAUUUCUGUAGCGUCUCCGGUGUUGUUGCUUUGACUCUGAUUGUUUAUAGGCGUUGCUUGUCUAAUGUUUUGGGUUGCUUGCGCUUAGCUUCGGUUUCCUUGGGGACCUGUGUUUCUGUUUAUAGCUUUUAUUUCAUUUUGUGCUUUCAAUGUUGCUUCGUUAUCCGUGGUACUUUGUCGUUGUUGGUAGUUAUCGACUGAUUUAUUGUGAAGUGGUGGAAACAGUUUACGUUGUAGUUGUUUCCUGAUUUCACAUCCUUUAUAGCUGGCUUGGUGGUUUCCGUUACUAUUAUAACAUCUAACUUCUUCUAUUUUUCCUGUGUAUGGGCAGUGUAUUGUUAAGUGAUUUUUUGCACAUUUAACACAUGCCGGGCUUCUGUUACAAUAAUUUUUUGUAUGACCGUAUUGUUGGCACCGCAUGCAUUGUGGUAUAUCUUUUUUGUAGCGUGGUGGUUCCACUGUUACUAUUGUGUUUAGAAUUUUUUUGAUUUCAUAAAUUUCCUUGUUAUUGGUUCUGGGUUCAAGUUCUAUUAAGAAUAAUGGUAAUGGUUGCUUCGUAUCGUACCUUGUCAUAUUGUUUAUAGUUCUUGUUUGGUGGCCAAUUUUUGCUAAUACGUCACUUAGUUUUUUUGUGUUAGUUUUUGGGUGCAGUCCUCUUAUAACUACUUUGUAGCUCCUUUCCGUUUUGAGCUGGUACGUGUGGUAUAUAGCAUUUUUUCUCCUUAAUUCUUUUAUCACUUUCCUAUAACUUUCUGGGGUGUUUGUUUGUAUUUUUACUUGUUCUAGUUUUGUUUGUUUUAUUAUGUAGUUUUCCUUCCCAACUAUUUAUAUCGUUUAGUCGAUCUAUAAGCGGGUCUAUUAUCUGGGCCUCGACAAAUAUUGGUGGUGGUUUUGUAGUGUUCGUUGAUUUAGUUGUGUUUUUGGUUGCUGGGUCGUCGUCUGUUUCUUCCGUAAGUGAGCUGAAGGGGUUUCUUAGUGGUAAUUCUUGCAGCCAUCGCUGCUUUUCCGUAUCUAGAUUUCCUGCGGCACUUGUGCCUGGAAUUAUUUUACGUUUUUUGCUAGUCCUUGCUAGCUUCCAGUUUUCGUCCUAGUAACAUCUUUCGUUAUCGUGGCUGCGCUCCUCCUGUCUCCACUGCUCUUUCAUUUCUUCUGUAACCAUAUCGUUUUGAUUGUUAUUAUUUUGUUCCUGUUGCUUUAAGCCUGGUAAAUCUACCGACCCGUUUAUAUAAUACUUUUCUCCUUUGGUUGCAAUCUUGAUUGUUGGUAUCUGCUGCUGCAUUGUUUGACUUCCCCUCACUGUCACUAUUCGUAACACUUCUCUGAAUCACUUCACUGGAGCGCACGAUUGCUUACACACGUCUGUUCAUCUCGGUUGCCCGAGCCGGUCUGUGGUUGUCUCUUUGGCUCAGAGUUUAGGAUACUUACUUUUAUAUAGGGCUUUGUAGGCUGAGCAGCCUUUGCAGUUAGCAGGAUGGUCACCUUGACAGUGGAUGCACUUCGUUUCCGGUGGUUUAAUGCACUGGUCUGUGGGGUGUGUAUCUGCACAUUAAGCGCAGGUAUUUCGUUUUAUGUCAAUAAAAAAUAAGGAAAAGGGGUCUUUCGAGAUUCUAUGCUUUAUGUUACUAACGUUGAUUACUUCGUGGCCGUGUUUUAAAAGUUCGAAUUUUAAUUCAUCUAAGUUUGCUGAGUGGUGGAUGUUGCGUAGUACCACUCGAAAAGGUUUUUCUUGUUUUAGUUGAUACGUGUGAAAGUUUGCGUUAACUGUUUUUAGUAGCUUGGUUAGUUUCCUGUAAGAUUCUGGGUUGGUCGGCAGAAUUUUGACUUGGUUGUUGCUUAUUUUAAGUUUGUAGUCUUCUUUGUUGAUAUCUAUCUCAAUCGACUUUACCAUUGUUUGUAUAUCGAUGACAUCAUUAACAAAUAUAGGUGGGGGAAGGGAAUUUUUUUGUGUUCUUCCCUGUUUUACUAUUUUACGGCGUAUUUGGGCGAUGCGUUCGACUUUUGGUUUUUUCGCAUUGUUUAUCUUUUGGUUGAGCUUUUUGCGCAGCUCUACUAGUUUGGGCACCCCUCGUAUGAAGUGGGGUGACUGUAAUUUUUCCAGUUAACGCAGAAUAUUUUGCCUUUGGUUACUACGUCUUCUUUUUUUAUUUCGCACUCGCCUAGGCCAUGCGGUUCAGUGCAUUUUACACAGCGGUAAUUUAGGUUGCAGCUUUGCGCUGUGUGACCUAUUCGUUGGCAUUUGUGGCAUUGAGUAAUGUCGUUUUUUCUUAUUUUUUCCCAUGAUACUUGAAAGUAAUUGAGUCGAUUUAUUUUUAAUAGGUUUCCAAUAUUGCUAUUGGGGGAUACUUGUACUAUGUAGAUUGGGAGCAAUAUGUUGUUCUCCCUUGAUUUUCUCGUCGAGGAACGCGACACUUUAGUGAACUGUAUAUCGUCUAUUUUUAGGGCUUCUUCUUGGUGUAUGCUUUCUCGGCUACUAUAUGUUCUUUUGUUCCUGUUUAUUAGGUAUGGCAGAGGAUUGAGUCUUUUGUACUGUCAGUAUUACACUGCUGUUGGUGUCCUUGGUCGUCUUUUGUGUUAUAAUUUUUCUUUACGUGGCUUUUUUUGUUGCGUUUAUGGCGGAGUCCGCUUCCUUGCUUUUGGCUUCAUUAUCGUAACUGGUUGUACAAGCGGAAUGGGGGUGAUUCUAUGCGAAAAAAGAAGUCGAAAAUAUAGAAUAAAAAUUUUUUUAUUUUUUUUUAAUUUUUCCAUCGAGACAACGAUCUACAGUGAGAACCGUUAUAACGUACCGCAUGCGUACCGAGCGAAAAUUCAAAGUCGAUUUUCUCGAAAACAAAGCCACAAACGAAAAAUUUUUAUUCUAUAUUUUCGACUUCUUUUCCCGCGUAGAAUCACGCCCUUUCCGCUUGUACCACCAGUUACCAACCACCCUGUACAGAAUUUGAUUCAAGCCCUGUUAUUACCGUGUACUCUAUGACGAAGGUACAACAUAUAUAUUAGGUUGUCCCAAAAGUUUCUUCCGUUUUAUAAGGAAAUAAUGGAUGCCCAACAUUUGUAUUUACAUACCACAAGAUGCGUUCCACUGGAACGAAAUGGAUCAUACAUAAUCUGAUAAAAUAAUGUAAAAUCAAAAAUAUUGUGCAUCUGUUAUUUCCUUAUAAAACAAAAGAAGCUUUUGGGACAACCUAAUGUAUAGCGACAGGUUAUGUUCCGGCAGACAAAGCGCCUUUUGUUUUUCAACAAUGUACUCACACUCGUAUUCGUCUAACCUUUAUAACAAUAACUUUUUUAAAAUUGAACCAAACGACUUGGUUUUUCUCGAAAAGUUAGAUGGAUUAGUUUGCUACAUAACACGUUAAAAGUUUUGAAAAGCUUUCAGUUGAUUCGAAAUCGCAAAGAAAAUAGUAAAAGUCGCUUUUCAUAACCUUAAAAACUUAAACUUAAAAAGUAUGUUUUGUAUAUUUAUAACAAUAACAUACAUGCUGAAGAUUUCAUCGAAAUGUGCUAACGUUACUUUGAGCAACAAACAAUUAAAAUGGUGAAAAUCGUAGUUUGCACUGUUUUCACGACCUUCUACUUAUACCUGUAAUAAAUCUAACUUCCGAUACCUCUCGCUUGUUUCUGCAUCAAAUUUUCAGCAUGUGUAUGACAUAAAUGUACAAUAUGCGUUUUUUAAAGUUUUAUUUUAAGCUUACAUAAAAAAAGGUUGGGAAAAGUGGCUUUUACUGUUUCUUUUGCAAUUCAGAAAAUCACAAUUUUUUAAAAAUAUUUUACUCGAUAUCUAAUAAACUAGAACAAUUUUUAACAAGUUAUUGUUAUCUAUAACGACUGACUUCGAUAUCUAUAAUAAUAACGAUAUCUCUAUAUUAGUCUCUACUAAUACUAGGAAAACAAAUUUUCCUUGUGCUCGAUCACGUGGGUAGUAUAUAGAAUAUCCUGCAAUCGCCGCUUACACUGCUCCCUUAGCCAAGUGAGAUUUACUCACUCGCAUGCUUUAAACUAUCUUUCAGAAAAUUAAUACACAUUGACGCUUAUUUAUUUAUGACUGAGAAAGAGCUAAUCGCCCAACAAUAGCAUGCAAAAUGAAAAUAAAAAAAAGGGAGCGCUACUUACAAGAUUGAUUUUAAACACAAAGAGAGUUUUUUCUCUAUCUCACUCACACUUUACGUUUCUCACUUAGAGACAAAGGAUGUAGUGGUUGACUUCCAUCUGUAUCGAAUGUUAUUUGUUUUGAACCUUGAGAGUGAAAGAUUUGGAGAGAAUGACAGUGUGAUUAAGCCAAUAAAGAAAGUUCGACACAUCUGAUACAUUCUUGCCAAUAGUAGGAAAAUAUAUAAUAUAAAAUGGUUAAAUUUAGUGUAAAAAGGUAAAAGGUUAGGUAAAAAAUUAGUGUAAAUGAUAUGACUUUUAACCUGAAAAAGAUCCUGAAACAAAAUUUUUUUACAUCAACUUUUUUUAUUGUUUUCUUCGUACCAACAAUCGAUCUUGUAAGCGGCGCCCACUUUUUUAUUUAUACCCUGUAGAUAAUGUAAACGAAUGAACUGUUUAUAAAUAAGAUAACUAUAUAUAUAAUGGCUACAAAAAGUUCUAGCUAAUAAAUAUUUUUGUAAUAAUACAAUACACAGUGUGAGAUAGAAGUAUUCAUACAGUUGGUUUGCUAUGAAAACAAACAGUGAAAUAUUUUCUAUGUUAUUAAAUAUACCCAAAUAUAUGUAAUAUAAUAUGUGUAUAUUGUACACAGAUGUUUUCAGUAAUAGAUGUUUACAAAGGUUAAUCCGUAAAUAUCAUAUCUUAAGGGGCAUCUUAAGGGAUAUUAGCUUAACUAUAUUUUCAGGAAAAUUUUCAAACGGAUGUUUCACGAUUAUUAUCUUUUCUUAAUUCACAAACUGCCAUCGGUAUUAAAGAGUAGUUAAUUAUAUAGAUAAAUAUAUAUUUAUAUUGACUUAAAAGAAUUUAAUUUCAAAUAUUCUGUUUAUAUAAAAUAUAAAACCGUACUAUAAAAAGAUAAAUGUCAAAUAUAGAUUAUUUAUUCAUGCAAAACUUUGUUUCCAAAAAAAUUGUUUUAUGAUAUCUAGGUUUCAUGAAAUCUAUAUCAAUUUCACUUUAUCAGAUUGUUUUCAAUUUUCAGUAGCGUGAUAUCAAUUACUAUUCAAUACAGUACUAUUCACUACAGUACAUUACAGUACACUCAAGUUUUAUUAUCAAUAAUAGCAAAUAUGUUGAUUAUAGAAAAUAAAUAACUAAGAUUAAGAGGAAAUGUGUAAAAAGGUCGUUAAUUGUGAGUAUCUGAUUUUCUAAUUCCGCGUUAUUAAAGAGACUGGAUCAAAAGAACCGAGCCAUUAUAGAAAUUAUUUGCAUAUGAGUGAUUCUGCUUUUUAACAUAUAUUGGGUAAAGAUUGACCAAGGAUUCAGAAACAAAAUACAAUGAUGAGAAUCUACCGUAAAUUAUACGGCAGUGCUGCCUUCUACACAUUGAAACUUGUAUCCCAAUUGGGCCUUACUUACCAACUGACAGUAUUGUGAUUCCUGCAUCGAUACAAAGUUACAUCUGGUAACGAUUCGCCGAUACCGAUCUAUGUACAUUGUACAUGUAUCAUGAAACCUAA